UCCGCCCCCGGCCCGGCCCCGGGCCCGCUCGCCCGCCGCCCCACAUGGAGCUGUCAGCCAUCGGUGAGCAGGUGUUCGCGGUGGAGAGCAUCCGGAAGAAGCGCGUGCGGAAGGGCAAAGUGGAAUAUCUGGUGAAGUGGAAAGGAUGGCCCCCAAAGUACAGCACGUGGGAGCCGGAGGAGCACAUCCUGGACCCCCGCCUGGUCCUGGCCUACGAGGAGAAGGAGGAGAGAGACCGAGCGUCGGGGUAUAGGAAGAGAGGCCCGAAACCCAAGCGGCUUCUGCUGCAGCGGCUCUACAGCAUGGACCUGCGGAGCUCCCACAAGGCCAAGGGCAAGGAGAAGCUCUGCUUCUCUCUCACGCGCCCACUCGGCAGCGGGAGCCCUGAGGGGGUGGUCAAGGCGGGGGCGCCUGAGCUGGUGGACAAGGGCCCCUUGGUGCCCGGCCUGCCCUUCCCGCUCUGCAAGCCCCGCAAGGCCCACAAGUAUCUGCGGCUCUCGCGCAAGAAGUUCCCGCCCCGCGGGCCCCACCUGGAGAGUCACAGCCAUCGACGGGAGCUCUCCCUGCAGGAGACACCGGCCUCGGAUGACCUGCAGGCCGCCGGCCAGUGGGAGCCCACAGAGCAGCCCCCUGAGGAGGCAGAUGCAGAACUGGCAGAUGGGCCCCCUCCCUGGACACCUGUGCUUCCCUCAAGUGAGGUGACCGUGACAGACAUCACCGCCAACUCCGUCACCGUCACCUUUCGAGAGGCCCAGGCAGCAGAGGGCUUCUUCCGAGACCGCAGCGAGAAGCUCUGAAUCACUGUUUCCACCCUUCUUCGCUGUUUCCUUUGGGGCUUGGGGUGGGGAACUCCCGAGACAGGGAGGGGUUGGGGCAGGGUAAUUAUUUUAUUUAAAAAAAACACCAAGCAGAAGAAGUGGGGGUGGCCCCACAACCUCCCACCACCCUGCCCUUCUCUGUGAAGGGCGUUUGCAGAGAGGCCUUAGGGCUGGGUUGGGAAGGUUGGUGUUGCUCUGUUUAGGGUCCCAUCUCCAGGCUGAUGGGGACAGGGCCACCUGCUCAGGCUGCCUCUGCAGCUGACUGCCUUGCCUUGCAGCUGCUGGUUCCAGGAGGGAAAGGAGCCCUGGGAGGCGGGGCCCUGCCUGGCAGCCCCCAGCCUGUCUGGUUGUCUGGCCCUCCCACCCCUUUCUUUUGGGCUUGGGUGUUGGUUUUGAUCUUUCCCCUCCAGCUUUGGUGGGGCUCAGAGGCUGCUCUCACCCCCAGGGCCCGGGUCAGGGAGAAGGCGCUGGAGGGAGGGUCUGAGGUAGAGUCACAGCCAUCGACAGGAGCCAUGGCCAUGGCUCAGACCUCCUUCCCAGGGAGGAGGCUGCCCUCUGGGCUCCCCCUGCUGAGAGAUCCUGCCCCAUCACCUGGCUCGUGUGGAAAUAUGUGCACACCCAGCGGCACAGCGUGCAAGUUGUCCCUUGUGUCCAUCACAUGUGCCCUGAGUGUCCACGUGGGCCUCACAUGCCUCCUUCAGAAACCCUGGCCAGGUGAACAUAGGGCAAUUCACAGCACAAAAGAACUCGCCACGGCAACCCACCCAUCUUGCACAGGUCACGCGACAGGACCUGUUCCAGCUCCAUUUGCUCGCAGCUGUCAGCGAGAACAAGGUUCUGGCCACGAGCAUGGCGGCAUCUGCUGCUGCAGGCAUGCAGAUGUGGCUUCCUGGUUGUGCCUGGCCAAGCAGCAGGUGUGCAAGCAUCUGCCCAGUUGUGCUGACACAUCUGCAUAGACUCCAAGACACUUGUGACCUGUCCUUCCUCCCACAGGGAUUCUUGUCCUUUCUGACUCAGGUGACUUUUCAGCCCUUCCAACUCCCCUUUUGCUGCCCUCCCCUCCAGCUCAGCCGACCCCAGGCAUGGUGUGGGUGUGGGCAGGCAGGAAGGGCGGGGGUGUCCCACUUUCUCAGGGCAGCCCUUGUCUCCUGGACCCCUUCCCACUUCAUUCUGUGUCCUCCCACCAGACCUAAAUAGCACGGCAGGGACUGGCCUUGUUUCCUGUGGGGGUCCAGCCGCAGGGGAGGGUAGUUCAGGCUGUGCACAAGCCUAGCGCCCUGGCGAGGUUGUGUCUGCCUGGAGGAGGGAUGCUUGGCUUCUGGUCUGCCCCAAGGUUCCCUGCGGGCUGGUGGCUUCCCUGCUCCCUCAUCCCAGCCCUGUCCCAGAGAGAAGGCCAGAUGGAGUCAGGGGUCCUGGGGAGCAGGGAGCAGGUCCGCUCCUCCACCCUUCCACCCCGGUCAGAGUCGGGGUAACCUGAACACAGUAGAGCCAUUGUGGCUGGGGAGCUCAGCCCUGUCCCCUGACUCUGUGCCUGUCCUCAGAAGGUCAUUAGGUCUUUGUGAGGACAAGGGCAGGGUGACUCUUCCCCCAGACUCCUCCCCAGUUCCCAAACCAAAGACAGCAGGCACCCUUUUCCUUUUUGGGAUGCUUUGUUGGCAAGAUUCCCAAUUCCCAGCUCCUUCUCCCUCUCUCUAGUUCUCGUUGCCCGGGAUCAAUUCAGUGCUUCCAUUGGGGGACAGUCACCUAUAGGUGACCUGAUUCACCCCAGCCCAGGGAAUUGAAUCUAGAUGAGUGUGUGGGGUGGGCCCCGGGAAGGGAAGGGGCUUCAGCUGCACGACCCUGAGAAGGGGAGAAGCCUGGGGGCAGGGGCUCCCAGCCCGGGAGGUGGAGGCCCGAGGCUGGGACGGCGAGGGGUCCUCUCCAGCCGACUGUUGGACCCUGGCUCUGGGACAUGGCCACAGCUCCUAGUAGAAGACACACUCCGCCCCCCUCAGGAGACACAGGCCCUCUUCCUGCUUCCUGGUGUCCUAAGCUGUCAAGUUUGCCAGCCUGUGGCCCCGGGGAGGGGGGUUGGGUUUUUUUGGUUUUUUGCUUGUUUUUUUUUUUCCUGGUGGGUGAGGCAGCUGUGUUUCUGUCUGCAGCAGCAGAACAUGCAUCUCCUCUUCCUCAGACCUUUGUGGCCCACUGGGAA